UUGAUGUUUGGUAUUACUUGCUGUUAAUUCGCAUGACAAAAAAAAUCCUCGGAAGUUAUAAAUCGAUUUCAUUGAGAAUAAAUGGCAUAUUCACAAACAAAUACUAGAUCUGGCAUUGCUGUAUCUAAACAAGUAAAAGUCAAUAUUAAUCUUAACAGUGCAACGUCAAAGGUCAGUAUUGGUGUUACCAUAGCAACUAAAGCAAGAGAAGAAAGGAGACAAGAAAUUCAACCAUCCAGUGAUGCAGAAGUGCGAAACAGACAUGAACCACCUACACGUGAUAACCAAAGAACGUCCAGAUUUAUAUGGAAAGAAUUAUAUUCGUCGACUGAUCCUAGAAACAUGGAUAUUAUGAUAAAGAAUAUUGAGGAUGAAAAUUUUGGAAUACCAGCCACUGAUUAAUGGAACUGAUGUCAAAUGAAGAAUUUAUUAAAGAUACAACUACAGUUUUGUUAUAUCGUGUACCAUGCAAUAUUUUAGAGACUCAGUUAUCGCACAUGAAAACCACAAUUCUAAAAAUAAAUUAAUUUAUAUUGACUCACAUCAUUUUACUAUUUACUAUUAAUAAUGUCAUCUAAUUUAUCUCUACUUUAAAGUUUAGUUAACGUUUAGUUAUCACUUUUUAAUUUGAAGGCCCUA